AUUUCCCCCCCCUUUUAAAUCGCUUUGUGGAGAAACACGCGCGCGCGCGCACACACCUGCACCCCUGAGACACUCAGACAGAGACACCCCAAGACAAAAGCAAAUGCACUUUGACUUCUGACUGCGCCUACCUCAGACCUGAGAGAACUCAUCGCUUGCGUGGUUUCCGUAUAGACCGUUCUCCACUGUCUUCUUGCCUCUCCGACUUUAUUUAUUUAUUUUGGUUCCCGCGGUUCUCGGUGACCUUCAUUCUUCAGCCAGCUCCUUGCCCACGGGUCGAUCUCCCCUCCGGGAUUCCGUCUCCCAGCCCCAGGAGUUGCGCCUGCCCCAGUUCUGACCCGAGGACUACUCCCGCCCCCCUCCUCCUGGACCACGCUUUUUCUUUUUUCUUUUUCUCCUUUUUUUCUCCUAUCCUCUUCGGUUUUGUUUAUUUUUCGUUUAAAAAAAAACGUUUUGGUGUGCGUUUUCGAUUCUGCGAAUCUGUCUGUCUCUCUGUCUUUUUUUCUCACCUCUUUUUUUUUUGAGGGAAGAGGAGGGUGGUUGGAGGCUCCUGCUGGUCCUCUUCAGGGGGUCGCCUCCUCUUCUCGACCUGCCUGCCCUGUUCUGAGCCCCCGAUCCUCCCCUUCCCCUGCAAUUAAACCAAAGACAAUGGUGCACUGUGCCGGCUGCAAAAGGCCCAUACUGGACCGGUUUCUGUUGAACGUGCUGGACAGGGCCUGGCAUGUGAAAUGCGUUCAGUGCUGUGAAUGUAAAUGCAACCUGACCGAGAAAUGCUUCUCCCGGGAGGGCAAGCUCUACUGCAAGAACGACUUCUUUCGGUGUUUCGGUACCAAAUGCGCCGGGUGCGCUCAGGGCAUCUCCCCCAGUGACCUGGUGCGGAGGGCACGAAGCAAGGUGUUCCACCUGAAUUGUUUCACCUGUAUGAUGUGUAACAAGCAGCUGUCCACUGGGGAGGAGCUCUACAUUAUAGACGAGAAUAAAUUCGUCUGUAAAGAAGAUUACCUAAGUAACAGCAGCGCCGCCAAAGAGAACAGCCUGCACUCGGCCACAACGGGAAGUGACCCCAGUUUGUCCCCGGACUCCCAAGACCCAUCCCAGGACGACGCCAAGGACUCCGAAAGCGCCAAUGUGUCGGACAAAGAGACAGGUAGCAACGAGAAUGACGACCAGAACCUGGGUGCGAAGCGGAGGGGGCCGCGCACCACUAUCAAGGCUAAGCAGCUGGAGACACUCAAGGCUGCCUUCGCCGCCACUCCUAAGCCCACUCGUCACAUUCGAGAACAGCUGGCACAGGAGACUGGCCUCAACAUGCGGGUCAUCCAGGUCUGGUUCCAGAACCGACGGUCCAAGGAGCGGCGAAUGAAACAGUUGAGCGCUCUGGGCGCCCGGCGCCACGCCUUCUUCCGCAGCCCACGCAGGAUGCGGCCGCUUGUGGACCGUCUGGAGCCGGGGGAGCUCAUCCCCAACGGACCCUUCUCCUUCUACGGAGAUUACCAGAGCGAGUACUAUGGCCCCGGGGGCAACUACGACUUCUUCCCGCAAGGCCCUCCUUCGUCGCAGGCGCAGACCCCGGUGGACCUGCCCUUUGUGCCGUCGUCUGGCCCGUCGGGGACUCCCCUGGGAGGCUUGGAUCAUCCCCUGCCCGGCCACCACCCAUCCAGCGAGGCACAGCGCUUCACCGACAUCCUGGCUCAUCCGCCUGGAGACUCUCCGAGCCCGGAGCCCAAUCUCCCUGGACCCCUGCACUCCAUGUCGGCCGAAGUGUUCGGACCCAGUCCGCCCUUCUCUUCGCUGUCAGUCAACGGCGGGGCCAGCUACGGUAACCAUCUUUCCCAUCCUCCCGAAAUGAAUGAAGCGGCGGUGUGGUAGCCGGGGCCUUUCCUGAGCCAAGCUGCCUGCUGCCUCUGGACUUCCGUGGUUGUACAGAAAUGAGUCGUUAUUAAAAAUACACACACAAUAACAAAACAAAAACAAAAAAAAAUCCCACAAAAACAGAACCAGCCCCCAAGCAGCUUCCUCUCUUCCCACCGGAGAGACCGUUUUCCUCCUUGAAGUGUGGUAGGAAGGGAAGGGAAGACUUGGGGAUGACUGCGAAUUGAGAUCCGAAUGCACGAUGAGACGGGAUUGGAGUCCCAGCCCCGGGGGCGACGUGCAGGACUUGGGGUGAGUGAACCAGACUAAGGCGCAAACUCAAAAACGUUCCCCAAUUCGCGUAAAAACUCAAGGAGGGAGCCACCGCCGGCAAUCCAGUGAACUCGCGGAAGGUUGAGGCGAGCUCUAAGGACUAGCCGAACUAAGGACAGCUCCCGGCAGCUCCCGGGAGGAGAUGAGGGUGACGAUCCGCCGGUCUAACCGGCGCCCAGGAUGCACAGAGUGGAGAGGAAGUGACACCGGCACAAGUCGAGAACCAAACUCGUCUCGGAGACCUGAGGAAGUGAAGCGAAUCCGAGUCAGGGAGAGGGAAAAGGCCGGUCCUGGAGCAUUCAUUGCUAGGAUGAACGAAGCUUCUAGCUCUAGGAAACCUUCGAUUAGUUUUUGUCUCAGAAUUUACUAACAGCGACAAACAACAGACUUUUAGCUUCAGAAACACCGAUCUGCUGUGCAUCAGGUGGGACAUUUUUUUUUGUCUGUCUGUCUAUCCGGUUCUUUUCGGCCAAAAUAACAGAAAUACGAAAUGCCCUCAGCAUCAACUCCACCUUCAACAGCUACACACGAAAACACACACACACACACACACACACACACACACACACACAUCCCAUUAGGAUGAUCUCCAGCCAGACCUCUCACUAAAAUGACUUGAAACAACAGCUAUACAAGAAAGUAUUCUACCUUCACGAAAAAAGUUUAAAAAACAAAAUAAAGACUAUUGAACUAAAAAAACAGUCAACUGUUUACGUAUGAUGUUAAAUUCAGGAGUUCAGUGUUUUACUAAUAUAUCCUGUUUUGAAACCUCUUGUUCAAAAAGCAAAAUGUUUUGAGCAACCAACCAAAAUCGUUCCUUUCUUUUCCCUUCCUCCCUUUUUCCCGCCCUCCUUUCGUCUUCUGUAGAUGUUCUCUGACAGAUUCGCAGGGCUUUCGGCUCACUGUGCUAGUUUGUAAAAGGUGUUGUUUACAGGAGGCAAAGAGAAAACAUGAUAUUCAGACAGUUGCCAAAUAAACUAAUUAUAGCACAAAUACUGUAAGGUGCCUGGCACCAGCAACCCGAGAGUGUUAAAAAAAAAAAGUGUUACAAGGUUUAAGAAAAAAGAAAAAGAAAACAUCUUUGCUAAUUUUUAGUCCUGUUGAACAUUCAUGAAGUUGUUAAUAUGACUUAUAUAGACCCACACAGGUUUUAUUUUUGUGUCUUUAAAAUAAAAGUCCAAAAUAUUUAAAUUUUAUGGUCAAAUAUGCAGUCAACAGCUGCUACUUUUUUCUUUAUAUAUUAAAUUUCUCAUAUGUCUUUUAUUGUUCUAAUAAACCUAAGCUUGUGUGACCUCCAGUGCAUAUUAGACCAUUCACUGUAUGAAAGAAAACAUGU